GGAUUACCGAAUUAAUGCAAGAAUCUCGACAUUUCAUUUUGGUUCUGCUGCGCCUGGCACGCGUGAGCCUGCGGAUUUGGAGUCCUGAAUUGAAGGAGCCUAAAGCGUACAGGCUCACAUUUUUGCAUCAAUGUAUAAGAGGGAGGCCAUGAGACCCUACGAUUGAUCGGUUUUCCCUUCAAGGUCUCCCCCCACCUCCUCUCCGUUGCCUGGCUUCGCGUUUUAGCAUUAACAAGGAUGUCAGAAAAGCCUAUUGAUCAGCAGCCUGGCGCCACUCGCCAAAUGUCAUCAGGGGGCAAUCGCAACGCCCUCAACAAACCUGUCGAUCCUCAGGGUGAACGCGAGUGGUCCUACGGGAUUUUCGACUGCUUCUCCGAGUGUGGAACGUUCUGCCUCAGCUGUUGGUGUCCUUGCUUCGAGUACGGGAAGCUCAAAUCCCGUUUCAAGCACCUCCAAACCACUGGUAAACCUCAUCCCCAAGGAGGUAAAAUGCUUAACAUGGAUUGCCUCACUUAUGAUGCUCUCCACUGGGUCGGUUGUUCUUGCUUUGUCACUAGGCCCACUCGCAGGGAGAUUCGUAAUCGUUACAACAUCCAAGGCGCUAACGAUUCCGACUUCCUUCUAAUCUGUUGCUGCGAUCCUUGCACACUCACCCAGGAAUCUCGUGAGAUUGCGCUGGAGGAGGAUAGCUUGCGCCAGAAAUCUUCCGAUGUCUGAUAUGAAUAUCGAACCUCUCUUUGUUUUCUUCUGAUCUGUAUCCCUCAUCGUACUCUUCGAAUCCAGUGUUUUUCCCCUCUUCGUGCUAGGCGUCAGACGCGGCGGGGACGACAAAUGCAAAAUUGAUAAGAGUCCGCCGCUCAGCCUGUUGUCCUCGCUGAUGGUAUUGCAUAAGGUCGAAAAAACUAAAUAGUCACAUGCUGAGCUAGACCUCGUUGACCGAUGAGGAACUGAA